GAUGUGGGGGAUGGUGGGUGGGUACAGAGAGCUGGGAGGGAGGCACCCCGGGGGGGCGGGGCGUGGGAGACUGUCUUCGGGGGCGCGAGCUGCCCCAGUAAGUGGAAAUGUUUUGUAACAUAUAAAAACCUACAGAAGAAGAAAAUAAUUUUCUGGAUCAAAUUAGAAGUCUAUUAUAUUGAUGUCUCCAGAUUCAAAUAUAUUAGAAAGCAGCAGUGGAGACAACCAUCUUCAUUUUGGGAGAAAUAACUAAAGCCCGCCUCAAGCAUUAGAACUACAAACAAACCCUGAUGCGACCUCUCCAGAUUGUCCCAAGUCGAUUGAUUUCCCAGCUAUAUUGUGGCCUGAAGCCUCCAGCGUCCACACGAAACCAGAUUUGCCUGAAAAUGGCUCGGCCAAGUUCAAGUAUGGCAGAUUUUCGGAAGUUUUUUGCAAAAGCAAAGCACAUAGUCAUCAUCUCAGGCGCUGGUGUUAGUGCAGAAAGUGGUGUUCCGACCUUCAGAGGAGCUGGAGGUUAUUGGAGAAAAUGGCAAGCCCAGGACCUGGCGACUCCCCUGGCCUUUGCCCACAACCCGUCCCGGGUGUGGGAGUUCUACCACUACCGGCGGGAGGUCAUGGGGAGCAAGGAGCCCAACGCCGGGCACCGCGCCAUAGCUGAGUGUGAGACCCGGCUGGGCAAGCAGGGCCGGCGAGUCGUGGUCAUCACCCAGAACAUCGAUGAGCUGCACCGCAAGGCUGGCACCAAGAACCUUCUGGAGAUCCAUGGUAGCUUAUUUAAAACUCGAUGUACCUCUUGUGGAGUUGUGGCUGAGAAUUACAAGAGUCCAAUUUGUCCAGCUUUAUCAGGAAAAGGUGCUCCAGAACCUGGAACUCAAGAUGCCAGCAUCCCAAUUGAGAAACUUCCCCGGUGUGAAGAGGCAGGCUGCGGGGGCUUGCUGCGACCUCACGUCGUGUGGUUUGGAGAAAACCUGGAUCCUGCCAUUCUGGAGGAGGUUGACAGAGAGCUCGCCCACUGUGAUUUAUGUCUAGUGGUGGGCACUUCCUCUGUGGUGUACCCAGCAGCCAUGUUUGCCCCCCAGGUGGCUGCCAGGGGCGUGCCAGUGGCUGAAUUUAACACGGAGACCACCCCAGCUACGAACAGAUUCAGUUGCUUUUAUGGAAGAACAAAAUCAUUCACUGUACACUAAGGUAGGGUAGCUCUGUCAUUGUACACGAAAUUUGCCUUGGGACUUUUGUUUGUUCACAUUUUGAAAGCUCUUCUUGGAUUCCUUAGGCUUUGCUUUCCCUUACAUUUUUAAGCUAGACUUAGUGAUGACCUUUAGUUGUAGGUUACCCAAAUGCUCCGCAAGUAAGCCUGGGAGACGCCCUUGCAGAACCUCAUCACCUGCCAUUCUUACUGGGAGGCCACCUGGCAGAUUCCCCUUUGGUCUAAUCGCCAAGGUUAUUUGUAUCUGUGGCCAUAUUAUGACACUGAUCCUGCUUCCCAAGUUUGGGUGGGAAGUGUAGAUUGUCAUAGUAUGCAUUUUUAGUCUUAUUCCUGGGUCUGUUUUAUUUCUUCAUGUUCUUUUUUCUCACCCCAACUUUUUUUUUGCCUUUACCUCUAAUUCUUGUCCAUCUAGUUAAUUCCUUUUGAAUAAGUUAGAAUAUAAAUAAGUAGUAAAUUAAUAUAAAUGAAUAAAAUAGAAAACUUCAUUGAAGCAUCUUGUCAUUAGUAAUCAACAGUUUCCAACCUUGGCUGCAUAUUUUAAAAAUACUGAUGCCUGGGUGCCACCUCAUGAAAUUUUGAUGUCAUUGCUCUGAGUUGCAGCCCAGACAUCAUCAUUUUGAUAAGCUUCCUAGGUGAUUCCUGUGUGCAGCCAGGAUAGGAACCACUCUUCAAAGUCUUUGCUGGGAUUUACAAAAAAAAAAGAAAAAAGAAAGAAAAGGGGCCACAGACACUUCGGUAGGCCCCUCCUCAAGUGAGUGAACUGGCUCUGGGCCUCUUCUUUUCCAUGUGUCUUUUUGAUCAGCUACAGCCUGUGUUCUUGAUCCAUAGUUCUUCAUUUGUGUGUGAGUAGUAGGAACUAAGAAGAUAGCCUUAAAAAAAAAUUGCCUCCUAUGCAAAACUUAUACUCUGAAAACUACAGAACAUUAUUGAAAGAAAUAAGGAAGGCCUAAAUGAAUGGAAACAUAUUCAAUGUUCAUGGAUUGGACAACUUAAUAUGAUUAAGAUGGCAAUGCUCCCCAAAUUGAUCUAUGGGCUCAAUCAACUCAGUCCCUAUCAAAAUCACAACUGGCUUUUUACAGCAAUUAACUGAAAAGAUUAAUCUAAAAUUCAUAUGAAAAUGCAAGGGACCCAAAAUAGCCAAAACAAAAUGAAAAAUGAAGUUGGAGAACUCAUACUUCCCAAUUUCAAAACUUACUAUGUAUUAACUAGGCAUGAUGGCACAUGCCUGUAAUCCCAGCUACUUGGGAGGCUGAGGCAGGAGAAUCGCUUGAACCUAGGAGGGGGAGGUUGCAGUGAGCCGAGAUUGUGCCAUUGCACUCCAGCCUGGGCAACAAGAGCAAAACUCCGUCUCAAAAAAAAAAAACGUACUACAAAGUUGCAGUAAUCAAGACAGUGUGGCACUGGCAUAGGAUAGAUAUAUAGAAUCAGUGGAGUAGAAUUGAGAGUCCAGUAAAAAACAAAACAAAACAGAACAAUAAAACAAACCUCACAUUCAUGGUCAACUGAUUUUUGAAAAGAGUGGCAAGACAAUUUGAUGAAAUACAGUCUUUUUCAAGAAAUAGUGCUGGAUACCCACAUGCAAAAGAAUAAGCUUGGACCCCUCUGUCACACCAUUACAAAAAAUAACCCAAAAUGGAUCAUAGACCUAAAUGUAAGAGCUAAAAGUAUAAAAUGUCAAAAGAAAAUGUAGGAGUAAAUCUUUGUAACCUUGGGUUAAAGCUUUCUUAGACAUGACACCAAAAGAGCAAGUAACAUAAGAAAAAUGGAUAAAUUGGACUUUAUCAAAAUUUAAAACUUCUGUAUUCCAAUGGGUACCAUCGAUUAAGUAAAAAGACAACCCAUAGGCCAGGUGUGGUGACUCACGCCUGUAAUCCCAGCACUUUGGGAGGCCAAGGCAGGUGGAUCAUGAGGUCAGGAGAUCGAGACCAUCCUGGUUAACACGGUGAAACCCCGUCUCUACUAAAAAUACAAAAAAUUAGCCGGGCGUGGUGGUGGGCGUCUGUAGUCCCAGCUACUCGGGAGGCUGAGGCUGGAGAAUGGCGUGAACCCAGGAGGUGGAGCUUGCAGUAAGCCGAGAUCGCGCCACUGCACUCCAGCCUGGGCGACAGAGCCAGACUCCGUCUCAAAAAAAAAAAAAAAAAAAAGACAACCCAUUGAAUCGGAGAAAAUAU